CCUCGCCGGGCUACGCAGGCGGCGGGGCUGCGGCACGGGCCGGGCGGCACCAUGGCGGCGGCGGCGCCUGCUGCUGCGGCGGCUUCUUCCGAGGCGCCGGCGGCGACUGCGACGGCAGAGCCUGAGGCUGGGGACGAGGACAAUCGCGAGGUCCGAGUGCUGCAGAGUCUGCGGGGCAAGAUCUGUGAAGCAAAAAAUUUAUUGCCAUAUCUUGGACCCAACAAAAUGAGAGAUUGUUUCUGCACCAUAAAUUUGGAUCAGGAAGAAGUUUAUCGUACCCAAGUUGUUGAAAAAUCUUUAAGCCCAUUUUUCAGUGAAGAAUUUUACUUUGAGAUUCCAAGAGCUUUCCAGUAUUUGUCUUUCUACGUUUAUGAUAAGAAUGUUUUGCAAAGAGACCUUCGUAUAGGAAAAGUAGCCAUCAAAAAAGAAGACUUGUGUAACCACAGUGGCAAAGAAACUUGGUUUUCACUACAGCCUGUUGACUCCAAUUCAGAGGUUCAGGGUAAAGUUCACCUUGAAUUAAAACUGAAUGAACUGAUAACAGAGAAUGGAACUGUGUGCCAGCAGCUUGUUGUACACAUCAAGGCAUGCCAUGGGUUGCCUCUCAUAAAUGGACAAAGUUGUGACCCGUAUGCAACAGUUUCUCUAGUGGGCCCUUCUAGGAAUGACCAAAAGAAGACAAAAGUAAAGAAGAAAACAAGCAAUCCGCAGUUUAAUGAAAUCUUUUAUUUUGAGGUAACCAGAUCCAGUAGUUACACCAGAAAGUCCCAGUUCCAGGUAGAAGAGGAGGACAUUGAAAAGCUAGAAAUUAGGAUCGACUUGUGGAACAACGGAAACCUGGUUCAAGAUAUUUUCCUAGGUGAGCUUAAGGUGCCUGUGAACGUGUUAAGAAGUGAUUCCUCUCAUCAAGCCUGGUACUUGCUACAGCCAAGAGACAAUGGAAACAAGUCAUCUAAAACUGAUGACCUGGGGUCUCUUCGACUAAAUAUAUGUUAUACAGAAGACUAUGUGCUUCCUUCAGAGUACUAUGGUCCUUUGAAAACUUUGCUGCUCAAAUCACCAGAUGUUCAGCCGAUAUCUGCCUCAGCUGCUUACAUUUUCGGUGAAAUAUGUCGAGAUAAAAAUGAUGCUGUUUUGCCCCUUGUACGACUGCUGCUGCACCAUGAUAAACUUGUUCCUUUUGCCACUGCAGUGGCUGAAUUAGACUUGAAGGACACACAAGAUGCAAACACAAUUUUCAGAGGAAAUUCCUUGGCUACCCGAUGUCUGGAUGAGAUGAUGAAAAUAGUGGGAGGGCACUACCUGAAAGUUACAUUAAAACCUAUUAUAGAUGAGAUAUGCGAAUCCUCAAAAUCCUGUGAAAUUGAUCCUAUUAAAUUGAAAGAGGGAGAUAAUGUAGAAAAUAAUAAGGAGAAUCUGCGCUACUAUGUAGACAAGUUAUUCAGUACAAUUAUAAAAUCAAGUAUGAGCUGCCCCACUGUAAUGUGUGAUAUCUUUUAUUCUUUAAGGCAAAUGGCUACUCAGAGAUUUCCUAAUGACCCUCAUGUUCAGUAUUCUGCAGUGAGCAGCUUUGUAUUUCUUCGUUUCUUUGCUGUAGCCGUAGUAUCACCUCAUACUUUUCAUUUGCGACCUCAUCAUCCAGAUGCACCGACAAUUAGAACAUUAACUCUCAUCUCAAAAACCAUUCAAACUUUGGGAAGCUGGGGAAGUCUGUCCAAAAGCAAGUCAAGUUUCAAGGAAACAUUCAUGUGUGAAUUUUUCAAAAUGUUUCAAGAAGAAGGAUACAUUAUAGCAGUUAAAAAGUUCUUGGAUGAAAUUUCAUCUACUGAAACUAAAGAAUCCAGUGGUACGAGUGAGCCUGUGCACCUGAAAGAAGGUGAGAUGCAUAAAAGAGCUCAGGGAAGAACUAGGAUUGGAAAAAAGAACUUCAAGAAACGGUGGUUCUGCUUGACAAGCAGAGAGCUCACCUACCACAAACAGCCAGAGUUCAUUGAACGCAAAGAUGCAAUUUACACAAUUCCAGUGAAGAACAUUCUUGCUGUGGAAAAACUGGAAGAGAGCUCUUUCAACAAGAAAAAUAUGUUCCAAGUAAUACAUACGGAGAAACCACUCUAUGUCCAGGCAAAUAAUUGUGUAGAAGCUAAUGAAUGGAUAGACGUACUCUGCAGGGUGAGCCGAUGCAAUCAGAACAGGCUCAGUUCCUAUCACCCCUCUGCAUAUAUAAAUGGAAGCUGGCUCUGCUGUCAGGAGACCAGUGAAAACGCUGUCGGCUGCAAGCCAUGUACUGCAGGUGUCCCUGCAGACAUCCAAAUAGAUAUUGAUGAAGACAGAGAAACAGAAAGAAUUUAUUCCCUUUUUACCCUCAGUUUACUUAAGCUACAGAAAAUGGAAGAGGCUUGUGGAACUAUAGCAGUCUAUCAAGGACCACAGAAAGAGCCUGAUGAUUAUUCUAACUUUGUAAUCGAGGAUUCCGUAACAACCUUUAAGACAAUUCAGCAAAUAAAAAGCAUCAUAGAGAAACUAGAUGAACCUCAUGAAAAGUAUAGGAAGAAAAGAUCAAGUAGUGCAAAAUAUGGGAGCAAGGAAAAUCCAAUUGGGAAAACAUCUUAGAAUUUGUCCAAUUAAAUCAGAAGAACUGGAAAAUUUUUUUUGUUUUUCAAUUCAUCAUAUAUUUUGUUCAUAGUAUUUAAGAAUGAACAUUGGCUUCAGUGUCACCUGCAUUCACAUUGUAUUUAAUAUUUAAUAAUUGAAAUUAACUGUUUGGGAAUCCUGGUAUUGAUGUAUUACUAGAGAAUUUGAAAUCCAAGAUUUCCCUUCAUAUCUUACGAGUUGAAAGCCAUGUUUCUAAAACUUCUUUUUAAUAGAAAGAAUCUUCCUAAAGAAGCUUUGUUAAAAAAAAAAAGGAGAACUCUUCUGUAACAAGAAACCAUCUCUUGUAACACUCCAUGUGCUGUGGACUUUUCACUACCAUUAGUGCCUGCUCUAUACUGCCGACAUUGUGUUGUUUUACUAGAAAAUCUCAGUCCAUGACAACUCAGAGCUUUCCAGGUAGUUCACCUAGACCCUCCCUCUUCAAAAAAGAAAAAACAUAAAAGUCUUUUCCUUUGGUUGAUUAGUCAUUACAGAUUACAUUUAGGGCAGGGACAGAAACUUGAGAAAACGGCCAGAGUAGCCUUGAAAGUUGGUAGAUCCUUUUGCCUAUUUAAAGAUGUAAACAGAACUCAGAUAGGAAGAAUCAGGGAACAUGUACUAUAGUGUGCGUCUUGUUUACAUUUGAGAUGAGUGAUAGCAGAUGAAAUAAAAAUGAGACCACUAAAUUUUUUUUUCAUUGUUUUAAAUAUCAGGUACUCAUUCUCUUGACUUGAGAGUUCCAGUUCACAUGACUUGUUAGGACAUCUCUUCUGAAAAAGAAGAGAAAGUAAACAGUGAAUGAAGGUGGUGGUGAAGUCAAAAUCACUUGACUUCACCUGUUGUUCCAUAUUAUUAUAAGGACCACCGUAGGGAUGCCCUCCUCCUGGUGUGACUAGUAGCGGUUGGAGAGCUAACUAACUUAAGAACAGUCACUCGGCGCACUUUAAUAAUCUGGGCUGCCCCAGAUUUUACUUCAGAUACUCCAUGGUAUCUAAUCUUUAUGAUCAGUUGAAUGAUCAGUGUUUAAAUCUAGAAAUACCGCUUUCCUGAAAAUGUUUAUAUUUCAUUGCUGUUUGCUUAUUACCUGCUAGCCAAAUGGAAUUUGGGCAAGCAACUGUUAGAAUCCUGUUUUUCCCUGAUAAUUUACUUUUAUCUUAAAAACCGUAACUGUAAAUAAGCAGUCAAAGCAAGUUGCCACCUUGAGUUAAGAGGGAUACACUUUUCUUCAUCAGUAUUAAAAACCAUGGUACUCUUAUUUUGUCUUUUUAAAAGCAAACAUUUUCUAAAUGUGGUACUUUGAACCUUGGAGUAUUUAUACAUCUUUGUUUAAAACUGUGACUUAUUAAUGUAAGUCUAGCAAAUAGUGCUUUUUUUGUUUCCCUGAGCAUAAGCUAUAUUUUAAGAUACACUUUGCCAAUUAUACAAUUGGUAAUUGCUUUUAAAUUAUAUUGUUACUAGGUCGUUAUUUUUAAAGACCAUUGGCGCACAAUCCAAGUUGUUCCAUAAAUGAUUAUACCAGAGCAAUGUAUUUCCCUAAAUGACUUGUGAAAAUCAGUUGGUUUUAUUUAAGAAACAGUCUUAGUCUACAUUAUGGUAGGUUAUUCCUGGCCCAUUUUAAAGACAAGUUUGAAAGAGUCCUUUAAAUUUUAUGAGCCUGUAGAUUCUGUAUACUGAUUUAUAAAUGUGAAGGAAUUUAACCAUUUAAUAAAUUUGUUAUUGGUGAAUUUCAUUCAGAUUGAAAUUUCCUUUUAAGAGUCUCUGAAAUGUCUACUUGAAAAGGACAUGUGAGCAUUGCCAGGUACCACCCAUUUAUCUUUAGUGGUUUUUUAGUCAUCUGCUAUAUUUUUCAAGGCAAAAGAAAUAUUCUUCUGAUAUUUAUAAUACCAAAUUCCCAAUUAUGAUGGUUUUUAAAGUUCAUGGCAUUAUACAAAGGGACCAAUGCUGUGUGGAUGCAUAACGCCGAAUUUGAAGGAAAGAGUUCAGUCAUCUAGUUGUUUUCUUCAAAUGACACUUUCAAACAGCCAGUUGACUGGAAUUAACCAACAUUGCACAGCCUAAAAAGAAGUAAUGUGAAGUUAAUUUUCUUUGAAAGUCUUCUGGAAUAAGAGACCAUGUCAGUAGGACCCUAGAUAAUCAAGGUACUUGCUUCUGAGGGCCUCAGUCCUCAGCUGUUACUUACAAUACUUUGAUAUUUUUUACUACCUGAUCUGCUUUCUCUGCCUUUCCCACAUUUGAAAAAAUACAUGGCAGCUCACUUCACCCUAAAACCUGAAAACCCCAAGAAGGAAAGAAAGCGAUAAUACAGAGAAACUUUUGCCAUAAAUGCCAGUUCUGGUUCUUAGCAUAGCCAUUUCCAUCAGUGGAAAUUUUGGUGAUCUGUUGCCUAUUUCGUUGUUUUUGGGGGGGUAUUGUUUAGCUUUGUUUUUUUUAAUACUCAUUUAAUAAAAUGAUGGGCAAUAGCAAAGUUUUUUACUCCCAGAAAUAUAGUUUAUCAAAGUUAACGAUUUUAUUUGCCAAAGAAAUAUGUUUAUAUUAUAGUAUCGCUGGUCAUAUUAAAUGUCAAACGAGGCUUUCCUUAUUAUACAAAAAAAGGUGACGAAUGAUGUGGCUUUUGUUUCUGUUUCUGAAGCCUAAUUUCAUUUAUCAGAAAGGCUCAUUUAUGCCAGAUUUUAGAGAGCAGAUUUAUUUUUUUUAAGUAAAAGCACCUUUAAUUUGUUCUAACGGUACAUCCUGUAAAGACAGAAUGCAACAAAGCCUUUUAGGUGGCCUUACAGUAUGUGAAAAAUACAGGACUCAUUCUAGAGUUAAAUUACCUGUCUUGAUAUUAUUUGCUUCCAUUUUUAUAAGUUUGAAAUUAAUAUGUUGCUAGUAAAUAUUGGUUUUUACAGUGUGCAGUUUAAAAAUGUAAGUUAUCAAAACUUAAUGUAGUAAAUUUGUGUAACCAUGUUGUAUUGUUGAGAAUGUAUUUUUAUUUAAAAUUUAUUUUCUUAUCAAGAGUAUUAUAAAAAUUAAAAACUUUUGUAACUGUCGCUUGGAAAUAACUCAAAAUAAAUUACAAAAAGCCUGUCCAUUCUUUGUGA